AUGAUAAGCGCGACGAGACGCUGGCUUCGCCGCCAUCGCAACGGUAUAGCUAUUGGCGUUGGUGUUGUUGGAGCGGGAUACCUGGCCGGCCAAUAUGUCCUAUCGAAGAUAUCGGAGACUAGAGAGCGCAUGAGUAGCGAACGGAUUGCUCGAGAGAAUCUUCGAAGGAGAUUCGAACAAAACCAAACGGACUGCACUUUUACCGUGCUUGCCUUGCUGCCGACGGCCGCGGAGAAUAUUCUCGAGGCUCUACCCGUCGAGGAGCUGACGAAUGAGUUGCAGCAAAAGAAGGCGGAGCGGCUUGCCAAACUCAAUGCUGGCGAGACAACGGGAUCCGAUCUUAGUAGCUCAGGUGCCCCAAGCGCGACGGAGGAUGAUGGACGUAGUCUUUCAAGCUUCCGGAGCGAGGGGCAUGUUCAUAACAUGGAGAUCUCUUCGGAAGCGGAGACCCAGAAACCGAAGAGUAGAGCACAACAAGUGGAAUGA